AUGCAACCCCGCCUCUCACCGCACCGCAGCAAGACACUAAAUAAGGCCGGAUACAUACCAGAGCCAUUCUUAAGAGACCCAGCCCCAGAAAAAGACCUCGAGGCCCAGCUCAAAGAUGAAUACAAGCCCACGGGGCUCAGCAUAAUCGUCAUGAACUGCGUUGGUGCAUGCUGCUGGCUACUCGAGUUCUGGAUCAUGUACGUUGUGUGGUGCUGGAUUGAGGAGCUGCGGGCGCAGAUUUGA